GGCCUACUCUCUAGGCGGGCGUCUCACCAAUUCAACCACUGAGGCAUGUUGUAGUAAUUUAUUAUAAGUUCUAUAAAUCUUCUAAGUGUUGCGAGUCACAAUCGUUAACGCGUCCGCACGCUACCGAGUCCACCAGUCGAAUCCGCCUCUGGCAGAUCUCGUUUCCCGGAAUCCGUCGGCGGGCAUCGUGUCCUUCGAAAAACUCAAGCCCUUCGAAUUCGUUUAAUAAUUACCAUCCGACUCGAGUUUGUUUUUCCAUCCAUGUAUUUGUCGGGCUGUUUUUCUAUUCGAGUCGUGUAUGCGUGUGUGUCUGUAUACGUCUGUGUCCCGAAAUAAUAAUCUGUGGUCUUGAACUCGAACGGAUUUUUAGCGGAAUGUGUGACCAUAGGCGAUUUUUUGGCGACUGUUUGGUACAUAUACCAAAGUGUACCAGAUUGUACACUCAUUGUCAGCCUCACGAAUACCUUUAUAUCUGAAGGAAGACGCUCAAGGUAUCCAAGAGAAAAAUUUAUUUUAAUAAAAUGAAUUUUUCUAUCGAAAUAUAUUGAACUUAACGACUAUUUUCAGAUGUAAAAGCAUUCGUCACGUCAAGUGUACACUCUGGUACACCUUGAUACACACAUAUGUAGCAAACAAUCGCAAAAAAUCGCCUAAUAUAAUUGCCACAAAAGUACCAAAAACAUAUUUGAAAAAAAACAAAUUGCAAAAUAAAUGAAUAUCUCUUAAAAAAAUUUUUUAAUUUUACAAGUACUUAUAUGUAUAGUUUAAAAAAGGAGGGUGCAGCUUCAAUUUGUAUAAAAUAAUUUUGAUGAAAGGAUCAGCUUGUGUAUUUAAAAAUCCUAUUUUGACGCUUUAAAAUAAUGAGUCAUAAGGGAGUGCUCGAACGAGUGCAUCGUGCAUCAUGCGUGAUGCACAGGUACUUUACCCGCGUAAUAUAUGUACAUACAUACAUACAAUGUAGAGAAUAGUGAAAUAAUUACGAAUUGGGCAAACCACACAUGCGACAUUCGUGGAACGUCGCGUGAUUUAUGUUGCGUUGCGCGCAAUAUACGAUAGUGAUCAAAGCUCCCGUACGGGCGUCAGUGUUUCUACACAUUUCUACCGCUUCUGUGAUGACUAUACCGGAUCACAUUCGCAUCGCGUGGCGUCAGUCGUCAGUCGUCAGUCGUCAGCCGAGUCGCCAGUCGAGUCGCCAGUCGAGUCUCGAACUUCGAGCCGCAAAUCUAGUAGCGCGUCGCGACAAGUACUAGUUUUCUUUUUACAUCAUUAGAGUCGAAAUUUCUGGAAGAAAACAUCAUCUGAUGUCUUUGAAAAUAAGCCAUCUAUUUAGGCAGUGAACCACUCAAAUAAAAAAUUUAUCCCGUCAAGUCAAAUUAAUGUGUCUAACAUUAUAAAUCAUCGUGUACUGAAGAUGGAUUUCAACUUGAUUCUCAUCGUCCUUUUGUUCAAAGUUUUUACACAUGGCUUACCAGUGGAAGAGGAACUUUUCGAGGGCAGUUACUGCAAAACGGAGGACGGCAAGGCAGGCGUGUGCAAAAAGAUAUACGAAUGUCCAUCCAGGCUACAAGAGGUAAAGGAAGGUAGAAGAAGUUCGAGUUCGUUGGGACGUUGCGGCUUUGAGGACUUCACGGAAAUCGUUUGCUGUCAGUUCAAUAUUACGGAUAAGAUAGGGCUUCGACCAGCAGAGAUAGCAUGUCGCCAGUACGAGAACGAGAUUGGGACCGGAACCAACGACAAGGCGAGAAAGGACACGGCUGAGGUGCAGUUCAACAUAUACGGCGGCAUGCAAACCGAACGCGGGGAAUUCCCGUAUAUGGUUGCUCUAGGGUACGAGAACGAAGACAAGGACGACGACAAUUCGGAAGCUAUCAAGUACAACUGCGGUGGCACGUUAAUUUCCUCGCAAUACGUGCUGACCGCUGCGCACUGCGUUAAUAAUGUACAGGAGCAAGUGCCGAUAGAGGUGAGAGUCGGCAGCGAAGAUCUGAGGAGCGUUGAGGAUGCUCAACGAAUUCGCAUAAGCAACGUAAUAUCGCAUCCGCAAUAUAAGCGUAGCGUCAAUUACAACGACGUGGCUAUUUUGAAAUUAACUAAGCCCGUAAAAACGGCUAGCAACGUACGGCCGAUCUGUAUCCAAACGAAAUCUUUAGACUCCAUGAAUGAACAAUCGAACGCAACAUUUAUCGUAAUUGGCUGGGGCGCUACCGACUUCGACGAGGAAGGCAGUACCAAAUUGAUGAAGACACCAAGUCUCAGUCUCGUAGACAGAGAAUCUUGCGGAAAAUCGUUCAACGGCUUUAGCAAGUUACCCCAAGGUUUAGACGAUAAUAUGUUGUGCGUAUUGGAUACCAAUGUCUCAAGAAGAGCGGACGCUUGUCACGGAGAUAGCGGUGGACCUUUGUUGAUGCUCGCCGGACCUAGUCAGAGCAUCGUGGGAGUCACGGCUUUUGGGCAAAACUGUGGGGGACCUAUACCGGGAGUGUAUACAGCGGUGUAUUCCUACCUGGAGUGGAUAGAGAAACAAGUCUGGCCAGAAAUUAUCAGUGAAUUAUAACGGGAUCGCUUUUCGUUUCGACUCGAGACUCCGUUCAGUGACUCAGCAACGUGAAACGUGACGUAAUUUUAAUAAUUUAAAACGACUUUGUGGUGUUGUUACGUAUGGUUAUUACGAUAUCUAGUCUGAAGCUAUGCGUGUACUCGUUGUUAGCCUAUGCAGCAUUUAUUGUUUCAAUUCCUAUCUUGCGAUGCGCUUUAGCCAAUUUUAUACUUUUAUAUACAUAUUCUGCUCUCGAAUAAUAUAACAUUCUGAAUAUAUACGUGCUUGAAUAAAACGUGAAUAUUCA